GCCACCGGGCAGAGGGGUGCCGGGGGUCUGCCUGCGGCGGAGAGGGGAGGUGGGGGCACGCAGGGGCUCCACAGCCUCCACGGGCAGGGCCCCUCCGCUCCUUGGCCAGGGGGCCGCGGUUGGGCUGUGGCUGCCUGCUGGCACCGCUGGGCCUGCACUGCCCCUUCCCCUCCACGGCCUCCGGCCCUGCCCCUCAGCUGGCACGGCCGGCACACAGCAGCCCCUGGGACAGCCCCCGGGGGCUCCUGGCCCCGCAAGGCGCUCACUGCUGUUACUCUCCUCUCCAGCAUGUGUACUCUGUGGCCGAGGGGAUAACAACCCACCUAUCUUCGGCAAGAGAUAUGAGAUGUAUGGGAUGUGUUUCCAUGCAUUUUGUGUGGGAUUUGCCAAUGGCCUCUGUCAACAUGGAAUUGACAACCAAAAUAAAGGACUUUUCUAUGUUGAACACCUCAUACACACCUUGAUGCAGGCAGCACAGACGCUCUGCUUCGUCUGUGGCAAUUUCGGGGCCACCAUCACUUGCGCAGAGGCGGGCUGCAACCGCAGUUUCCAUUUCCCCUGCGCCUCGGAGGGUCAGUGUGUCACCCAGCACUUUGGCCAGUACAGGUAAGGGCUGCCAGGCAUCACCUGUGGACUUUCAACCCCUGCUGUCAGCACCAGUCAAAGCAGUGAGAAACGCGCUGCGACAGCUCCCAGCAGCCUGACAGAGCCAGAGCCAAGGCCUGGGGCUCUUUCCUGUUCCUCUGCCCUCCUCGCAGCACUUCUCACCUUGC